GCUGAACGUUUCCCCGGACUGAUUGGCACACUGACUGGCUCAAUGAUGGAACUACAAACAUUACAGGAGGCCCUGAAAAUGGAAAUACAAGUCCAUCAGGUAGGAGGAAAACAUCCCAAGGUGUUCGUUUUUUUUUUUUUUUUUCUUCUUCUGUUUUUCAUCUGCUCAGGCUCUUUGUUAGGCCUGCAAAUGAUAACAAAAUACUUCUAAUCAACUGGGCUAACUGUCAAAUGUUGAGGGUCACCACUAUUAUGAAGAGUGCUAUUGAGAAGAUCCACCGAAGACCAUUGCAUUAUGGGGCAAUUCCAAACUUCCACUUAAGCUGAAUUUUCACUUAGUCUCCCAUUGACGUCAAUGCAUGACUAGGUUCAAAUUUGACUCAAGUGGAAGUUAGGAUUUGCUCCUAUGUUUCAACUUCAGGCAUCCAUUUGAAUUCCAUGUUCGUUAGUGAGUAAGCAUGAGUGUAAUGGAGGUUCUCUCCUCUGUAUGUGCUAUGAUAAGGGAUGCGUCCCAAAUGACACCCUAUUCACUGCUUUUAACCAGGGCCCAUAGAUAGGGUGCCAUUUGCGAUGCAGGCCAGGUCUUCAGCCUCCUUGCUGUUGAGCAACUAGCAGGUCAGCAUCUUAUAGUGAGCUCAGUCCCUAAAGUCCCAUAACCACACUCAGCACAUUGAACAGGCAUCUCCCAGAGGAGUGGUCAGCCACGAUAGACCUGGAAUCAGCGCUUUGAUAGGCCAGCUAAGUAAGGUCCCCUGCUUAGUAAUGUCCCCAAUCACCUCACAGCGAUAGGAGCCAGAGUUUAGCACCCAGUUUAUGAAGGUCUGGGGUGACCUUGGCAUGUGGGGUUAGUUUUAUAUGUAGUUUUUUAUUACAGCCCUUAUCCACACAGUUUUGUAAAUGUAUUUUUGUUUGUUUUUAAUCAGUUUGUGUUAAUUGUUCUCUGCGGGAUGAGGAGGCAAUUUGAAUAUCUGCAUUUUCUUUAUGUAAUUGGAUGUAAAUAUGUAAAGUGAAUGGGUAUGUAAUUCUUAUGUAAGAAGUCAUAUAUUUAACUAUUAUGCCUGCUCAAACUGAAUGAUGGCCACUGUCACAAUUAGGUAUGGGACAGGAUUAGAUUAGAUAAAUGUAUUAGUCACAUGCACAGGGUCGCAGAUGUAAUUGCAGGGUACAGUGAAGUUCUUAAGCUCUGAGCUCCAACCAACAGUGCAGGUCAAAAAGAGAAGUGAAUGAAACAAUAAUACAAGUAAUAAUAAUAUAUAUACAUAUUUACAACUGUAACAAUGAUAAAUGUCCAUAGGCGGAUGGUAGCGGUGGAGUUGCCGUAACAGUAUGCUCUCGAUGGUGCUCCUGUAGAACACUGUGAGGGCCCUCGGGGACAGGCCAAAUCUCUUUAGCAUCCUGAGGUUGAAGAGUCGCUGUCGUGCCUUCUUCACCACGGUGUCCGUGUGGUUUGACCAUUUCAGCUCCUCGGGGUGGAACUUGGAAGUUUUUGACCGUCUCCACAGCGGCGCCGUUGAUGAGGAUGGGGGCGUGCCCAGCCUAGUUCCUCCUGAAGUCCACAAUCCGCUCCUUUGUUUUGAUGAUGUUGAGCAAGAGGUGGUUUACCUGGCACCACGGAGUCAUAGUGCCUACCUCCUUUCUGUAGGGCGUCUCAACGUUUUUGGCAAUCAGGCCUACUACUGUCGUGUCAUCAGAGAACUUGAAGAUGGAGUUGGAACUGUGUGAGACCACACAGUCUGAGUGUACAGGAGGGGACUGAGGACGCACCCUUGUGGGGCCCCCAGGUUGAAGAUCAGUGUGGAGGAGGUAAUGUUGCCUACCUUCACCACCUGGGGAUUGCCCGUCAGGAAGUCCAUAUGAAGGAGUUCAUUCCCAGGGCUUUUGAGCUUUGUAUUGAGCUUAGAGGGCACUAUCGUGUGAAGGCUGAUCUGUAGUCAAUGAACAGCAUCCUCACAUGCAUUCCUUUUGUCCCGAUGGGUGAAGGCAGUGUGCAGUGCAAUGGCGAUUGUGUCGUCUGUGGAUCUGUCGGGGCAUUAGGCGAAUUGGAGAGGGUCGAGUGUGUCGGGAAGGGAGGAGUUGAUGUGGUCUUUGACUAGUCUCUCGAAGCACUUCAUGAUGAAGGAUGCACUGGGUUCAAUGCAGUGCCUGUAGGUGUCACCGUCCACAGGCUGUAGUAUCGUCUGGUGGAAUGGCCCUGAAUGCAUUUGUUAUCCUACUGACAUUUAUAUCCUUUCUUCUACAGAAACUAGUCGCCCAAAUGAAACAGGACCCACAGGUAAAGACAUUUUUCAUUAAUAAUUGUUUUUGCUAUUAGUAGACGUGGAAAUGCUGCGAACAAAUGGCAUUUUGACACCUGGAUAGUUUGAUACAAUACAUUUACGUUUUAGUCAUUUAGCAGACGCUCUUAUCCAGAGCGAUUUACAGGGGCAAUUAGGGCUAAGUGCCUUGAUCAAGGGCACAUGGACAGAUUUUUAACCUUGUCGGGUCGAGGAUCGAUUCCAACGCUCUUAACUGCUAGGCUACCUGCUGCCCAAUAUACAUUUCUUACUGAUAAGAUUCAAUUCAUUUGGAGAUGUAUGUGCAUGUGAAACAUCAGUGUAGCGAAUGUGACAAAAGUAUUCAAAUUCAGUUGGAAAUCGUUGGUCAGGUUUAAAUGAACCAAAUUGCCUUUUCAAGUGAACCUGGAUGUGAAUUGCUUGAGUUUGGAAUGAAAGUGCCCUAAAAAGAGCUUUGCGUUCCUUUGCAGAAUGCUGAUCUGAAGAAGCAGCUCCACGAACUUCAGGCUAAGAUCACAGCGCUUAGCGAGAAGCAGGUAUUUCAGGACACCCUGCUGACACAACACAAGGAUAUCCCAGGUUGCCCUAUAUGA